AUGGCCGACGAAGCUUUGGAAGGGGAGAAGAGGACAUCAAACCCAGAUGGCGGCGAACGGAAGAUCUCCCUACAGGAGCUAGCGGACUCAGAUGAUGUGGUCAUAACGCUCAACGGCCAAAUCAUCAAUGCUUCGGGACAUGCAGACCAGCUACAACGUCAAUACGGCUUACUUAGCAUCCUGGGCUUAGCCCUGACCGUCGACAACGCCUGGGUCGCUCUGGGGACAUCCCUGGCAGUUUCAAUUUACAACGGCGGACCGCCCGGUGUCAUUUGGGAAUUAUGGAUCGCAGCAUUCUACUACACCUUCAUCAACGCCUCGAUCGCCGAACUCGCCUCCUCCGUGCCCUCGGCUGGCGGCGUCUACCACUGGGCGUCGAUCACGCCGGGACCCAAAUGGGGACGCUCAGUGGGCUUCUUUGCCGGCGCACUCAACUACUUCGGCUGGCUCUUUGACCUCGCGUCCAUCGUGUACAUCAUGUCGGAACUCUGCGUGCAAAUGUACUUUCUGUACCAUCCGAACUAUGUCAUCCAGUCGUGGAACAUCUUCGUCGGCCUGGUUUGCAUCACUGUGAUAUGCGUCUCCAUCACCAUCUUCUUCAACCGCAUCCUGCCCCAUCUGCAACACUUCGGCCUCUUCGUGGUCACGGUCGGAGGCAUCAUCACCAUCAUCGUCCUCGCGGCGAUGCCGUCCUCUCACGCUUCGACCAGCUUCGUCUGGACCGACUUUGCCAACGACACCGGCUGGAGCGGUGGCGUCGCGUUCCUGACCGGCGUUCUCAAUGGCGCGUUCACAAUCGGCACUCCCGACGCCGUCACACAUAUGGCCGAAGAGCUACCAAACCCGAAGCGAGACCUCCCCAAGGCCAUCUUCGCGCAAAUCGGGCUCGGCUUCCUGUAUGCCUUCUGCUUCGCCAUAGCUUUGUUCUACGGCGUCAACGAUCUUUCCGCCGUGCAAAGCAGCAACGGUUCCUUCCCGCUGGCCGAAGCGUACCACCAAGCUACCGGAAGCAAGGCCGCCACCUUCGGCUUGCUGUUCAUCAUCUUCUUGUCCCUGACGCCCUGCUUGAUCGGAACGUUCCUGACCGUCGGUCGCACAUGGUGGGCGCUGGCCCGAGACAACGCCACCCCCUUUUCGAAAUUCUUCGGUCGUGCCAAUGAGAAACUGAGCUGUCCCGUCGAAGCCACCGUCUUGACGGGCGUUCUGACCAUCGGUCUAGGCGCAAUCACGCUCGGCAGCAAAACGGCAUUCACGGAUCUUGCAGGUUCCUUCGUCAUCCUCACCAGUACUUCGUACGCUUUGGCCUUUGCGCCGAAUAUGUUCACGGGCCGGCGGUACAUGCCCGUGGGUCCAUUCCACAUGGGCAAAUGGGGCUAUCUUGUCAACGGGCUUGCCACGUUCUUCAUCGUUUUCUUCAAUAUUUUCUACUGCUUUCCGUACGCCUUACCCACGACAACGGCUUCGAUGAACUACAAUUCGGUCAUUCUAGCGGGUGUCAUGGCGCUGACUACACUCUGGUGGUUUGUCCAUGCUAUCCGGAAAUACGACGGGCCGAAUGUACAAGGCAUGGUCGAUGCGAAUGUGGCUUCGGCGCGGAGGAAGUCGAAAGUGUAG